UGGUCCUGAACUCUCUUUGAGAUGCACUUAAGAGGGCAACGAUUUAACCUGCGCUCGAGACACAGAGAGGCGUGUGACCGACAGCUUGUCUCGUGCAGCAGAUUUCAAACAGCACGCGCCCUUCAAGUGCUCGCCACAACGUUGCGUGUCCUGUUAACUUAAGUAACUCCGUUGCCUUUGCUGAAACAAAUGUCUACCUGGGUCUCAAAAGAAGAUUAAAAAGCAAGGAUAAUAGUUUGGAAGAUCACCACAAUGUCAAAAUUUGUUUCAACUGAGGCAAAAGACGUGUCAAAGACGUCACCCAGCAAUGGACAUCAUCACAAAUCCCAAAUGAUUCAUGGCUUGACAACUCUCGUAUGUUUUGCGUUGUCGUUGUUGUCGGUGGCCGUUUGUCUGUUCAUGAACGUGAAAACUCUUCGCAUUGAGCGUAAAAUGGAGCUUCUUGAGAUGGAGCGACUGUCGGUUAUUCGACCUGUGCACGCGACUAUGGAUGCUAACGCGACACUUUGGGAUGCGAUAGAAGAACUUGUGCAAGAGAGACUUAAAGAGGGUGUGUCAAAAGUUCGCACAGCGCGAGAGGUGACGCAAGAGUGCUCGUGCCCUCCAGGUCCUCCAGGAAAGCGGGGAAGAAAAGGCAACCCUGGAAUUCCAGGCACUCCAGGGCGAGAUGGUUACCCAGGUCCAUUGGGUAUGGAUGGUAAACCUGGGCCUUCAGGUCAAAAAGGCAGUCAGGGAAUGCCAGGACCAAAAGGAGAUAAGGGCGACCAGGGAGACAUAGGCCCCAGUGGACCACCAGCCUAUGCAGCCUCUGCAGGCCUGCUCAGUAAUCAGAUUCUCACAGUGAAGGGUGAUCAAGGUCAGGCUGGGCCUCCAGGUCCCCCUGGACCUCCAGGAACACCUGGUCCCAGAGGGCCUCCAGGAAACACAGGCAGAGAUGGGCCCCGAGGCCACCCAGGAGAGCCGGGACCACAUGGAAAGGAUGGAAAUGAGGGACAAAGAGGGCCACCUGGCACACAGGGUAUGAACGGAGCAGAUGGCAUGGCUGGACCACAGGGCCCUCCAGGGCUUAAGGGAGAUCAGGGUGAGCCAGGUCCGGAGGGGAAGAGAGGGAUUGAUGGAUUCCCUGGCAUGAAGGGUGAAAAAGGAGACGUUGGGGAUCCAGGUCCCCAGGGUUUGCCUGGAGAGAAAGGGGCUGCUGAUUUUAUAGAAAAUACUGAUAUGGCUGUAAGACUCAAAGAUCUGCAGGGGCCUCCUGGCCCUCCAGGACCUCCUGGAGGACAAGGGCCAAAAGGAGAAAUGGGCUUACAUGGACCAUCAGGCCCUGAAGGCAAGCAGGGCCCUAAGGGACAGAGGGGUGAUACAGGAGAGCCUGGAACAGCAGGAAUAAAAGGAGAAAAAGGGGACAUUGGGCUGACAGGGCCUUCCGGGACAGCUGGGCAAAAGGGAGAUAAAGGAGACUCCAGACUUGAGGAUAAUCUGGCCCAGAUUAUCUCUUCGCCUGGCCCUCCAGGGCCUCCUGGACCACCUGGACCUGCAGGAUAUCAUGGAUUGCCUGGCCCUAAGGGAGAGCCUGGUGUAACAGUGAAAGGAGAAAAGGGGGAUAUUGGAGAGAAAGGUCCACCCGGGCCACAGGGUCUUCAAGGUUUUCCAGGGUCUAAUGGGUUGGUAGGUCUGCCAGGUGCAAAAGGUGAAAAGGGAAAACAAGGCGAACCAGGACUAGACGGUUUCCCAGGGCUUCAAGGAGAAAAAGGGGACAGAGGAGACAAAGGAGAGAAGGGUGAGAGAGGCACAAUGGGAAAGAAAGGCCUGAAAGGACAGAAGGGAGAGCAAGGACCUCCAGGACUUGAUCAGCCUUGUCCUGUGGGGCGAGAUGGACUGCCCAUACCUGGAUGCUGGCAUAAGGAGGAGGCUUCAGGGCAGGGGGGCAAAGCCAAGCACCCAGUUCAACCCUAAAGGACACAGAAUGGGCUACCCAUUGAAGGAGGAUACUUUGCCAGUGGUCAGCUGGAUGCCCCAAAUGAAAGGGCUGGUCUGUACUACAGGCAGGAAACUGAUAAGGACGUUGCACUGGAUUUGUACUGGUGUACAUAUGGACAAAUUUGUACUCAGGAAAUUAUUGUCAAUAGGAAACAGCAUAAUAUCGUGUUGUUGUUUAAAGUCUGGUGUUCAUAAGUACCCUCAUAUUGAAUAAAUUACUUUGAUCUUU